AUGGACUGCCCCGGGGUGCCCGGCUCCCACGGCCGCGAGCAGCUGGAGGCGGAGCUGCGCCCGCGGGAUCGGAUCCUGGUGCUGGGCUGCGGCAACAGCGCCCUGAGCCACGACCUCUUCCAGCUCGGCUACACGGACGUCACCAGCAUCGACUACUCUCCGGUGUGCAUCGCGGCCAUGCGAGCCUGCUACGCUCAGUGCCGGGGCCUUCAGUGGGCAGUGAUGGACGCGCGGGACUUGGCCUUUGCAGACAGUAGCUUCGACGUGGUUCUGGAGAAGGGCACGCUGGACUCCAUGAUGGUGGGGGAGACGGACCCCUGGAACGUGGCGCCCGAGACCACGGCACUGCUGGACCAGGUGCUAAAGGAGGUCAGCCGAGUCCUGCGUCCAGGAGGCCGCUUCAUUUCCAUCACCUUUGCCCAGCCACACUUCCGGAAGCGCCACUAUGCCCAGCCCGCCUACGGCUGGUCCCUGCGCCACUCCACCUACGGCGCUGGCUUCCACUACUUCUUCUACGUCAUGUGCAAGGGCCAGGCGCUGGCUCCCGCCGACCUGGCGCUGGGGCAGAGACUCCACGCGCUGCCCUGCCCCGCUGGCCCGCCCUGCGCCCUCCAGGCCUGGGACAGCGAGGAUUAUCUCAGCGCCAUCGAGCUGUGAGUGGGACGGGCCUGCUGCCUCUGUAGCCGCAAGGAGUUCUCCAGCCAACGGGCGAGCCUUAGCCAGCCAGUGCCAGCUCCCAGUACCCAGGCCAGGCUCCUGGGGCUGGCCCGCAGCGUGCUCCCCUAAUCCAGUGCCUUGCCUGGGGCUGGUGGCAGGAGCCCAGCCCAGCCUUCCAAGUGCGAGACCAACCAGAACAGAGCGGAGCUGCGCAGCCAGCUUAAUAAAGCCGGUUCCAUUUGUCUCGCA